UUGCUCUAUGGGUGAAAUCAUUCCGGAAGCUUUUCGGCGGUCCAUCUAGCAUUUAAAAUGGCAACAUGCGCAAACGACGACGCCGACGAGGGCCCAAACGAACCCGGUGCGGCUCCGUAUGGGAACUUUAUCAAUUAUUACAGAUUUAACCCUCCAGAGAAUCGACUGAGUUUAAUUCCCAGCACGCUUCUUGGUGAUUUGGGUUACAACGAAAAGCGGGAACCUACACUACUGCUGGACGUGGGCUGCAACUCAGGGGAACUAAGUAUAGCCCUCUACAAGCAUCUGGUUGAGACCCCUGGCAGAACCAACGUCAACCUGCUGGCCUUUGACCUGGAUGAGAACCUUAUCGAAAGAGCUCGGGAGGUCAAUCCUGUCCCAGGCAGCGUCACCUUCAUUCCUAUGGACAUCACCGGCGACUGCUCCCCACUCCGGGAGCACCUCGCGUGGCACGGGAACUCUCACUUCCACCUUACCACGUGCCUGGCCGUCACAAUGUGGAUCCACUUGAACCACGGCGACGCCGGUUUCCUCCAGUUUCUCUCUCGUCUGGCCGAACUCAGCAGGCACCUGCUGCUGGAGGUGCAGCCGUGGAAGUGUUACGGCUCAGCGGCCCGCAGGCUCAGGAAGCUCGGCCGCUCAGAUUUCGAGCACUUCAAGACCCUGAAGUUAUGCGGCGACGUGAGCGAACACGCCAGGAAACACUUGGAGACACACUGCCAAAUGGAAUUUGUACAAUGCUUCGGCAGAACUAUUUGGCACAGGAAGUUGUUGCUUUUUAAGCGAAAGUGAUACUGAAUCAAUUCCAUUUGCCUUUUUGUUUUAAACAUAAGUGCCUUUUUGUUUUAGUUUAAUGGUAAACCUCAACUGUGAGUGGCAAUAAAAAGCUUGAAGCAAGCAUGCAUUGCAUCUUUUCUAUAAACAAAAGCUGCUUUUCGUAACGGUUGCCGUUGACAUCGGCUGUAGCUGUAGCUCAUAACUUGAUUUUUGCUCACACUUCAAAACUAGUGUUCCAGCACACUAGAGGCUUAUAUGGCUGUGCUCACAUGUCAUCGACUGGCGAACUCGUAACCUACAGGCACCAGUAAGCAAUUAAUCAGCCCUGAUGCAAAAAAAUCAACAAUCACGCCACUCCUGGGAUGUCCAUAUAUGUAGAUUAGUGCCUCAACGAUGAACUCUAAUUCGAUUAGGAAAACAGCAAAUCAAAUUUUGCUGCUUCAAGUAUUUGUUUAGUGCCGUUGUAAUGGUUUGUUUUGAAAGUGUUUGCAUGUAGUUUUAUCGAUUUGGGUGGAUACACUAACCGUGGCAACAGUAAAUUAUCACAUAACUUAUUAAACAUGGCUGAAUCCAGCCGCUCCCUGUUAGGACCAGCAAAAGGUAAGUUUUUGUUUGAGAUGCAACUGCAAAAACCCCGUAUUUCUCACAGUCGGCGAAGGUGGGCUGUAAGAAAAUAUGUCAGGCGGGUCAAAUUUAGCCGAAACUAUCGGUAGAGCUGUUCUGACUGCAAUACAAAGUUUUCCCAGUGAGAAACGCGGGAUUUUUGCAGUUGAAGUUAGAAAAAUCAACCUUGCUCUCCAGUCCAGUCCAACAGAGACCCCCCUUGGCUAUUCUUUGUAACUUUACUGGGUUUGUGCGUAAAAGUGACACUAAAAGCACAAAAUACUCCUUAAAUGGUUUCUCCUAAAUGUGUAUUUUACCUAGAUAUUGUUUUUAUCACAAUAAAUCAUGUCCAAGAGCCGACUGCUACCGUUGAGUAGGUUUUAUUCAUUUUCAAGCACCGGAAACAAACAGUCUGAGCUGCUCCAGCUUUUAUUUUGUUUCUUCCAGUCUCCAGUCAUGAGAAUUUGAAUAUUACGCUUAAUAUUUAAUUUAAACUGUUUCCAGAUUUAAGUAUAGUAUUUAGAUGUAUUUACAUUUAGGAUUUAAUAUAAAAUUCA